AUGUCUCACUUUCAUCGCUUACACUUACUCGCGGCGUAUUUUGCCGGCUCUGGACUGGCUACGACCUCGGGACUGCUGAAAGAGCCGCUGGGAUGCCCCCGUGCUGAAGAACUGGAAUCCGCAGCCUUCACUCUUAGCGCUUCUCUGCCGUGCCUUGCAACCCCUGCCAUUCUCUAUAACUCACCUUGCAGCCACCGAGCCGAACAGAGGCUGCCACGUGGUCUAAACGAACCUUCAGUUGGUGCCACCCGUUUGCCUUGUUCCUGGGCCACUGGAAGCUUGUUUGAACGCUCUGAGGAACUUUCUGAGUUCGUCGACGGGCUAAAGCUGGCCUGGAUUCACGUUGUACCUUUUUAUAUCCUCUUUUUCGUGCUCUUACUGCAGACAUACGUGCCGGAGAGAAUGCAAGCCCUCCACCUUCCACCAGGGCCAUACGACAGCAAGAACCCCCCAACAGCGUCAUCGUUAAUCUACGAUACCGCCUUCCCAACCCCGACGCCCUCGCCGACAGAGUACCUGAUCAAAGUCCAAGCCGCAGUUCCAUGUGCCGGAGAACUGGCCUGUAGGAACGUCCUCAACAGCUCAACAGAGCGCCAAGCACAUGGACUCAUACCCGCACAUGAAUUCAGUGGCAAGGUCAUCAGCACCCCGACAGAGGAUCAGUUCAAUUCCAACGGUCCCAAGUUCAAGGUCGGCGACGAGGUAUUCGGAUUGCUGAGCUUCGACCGGGACGGCGCAGCGGCAGAUUACACCCUGGCCACGGAGGGCGAGCUGGCGUUCAAGCCGCGAAAUCUGUCCUUCGCCGAAGCGGCCGCCCUGCCUCUCGCCGGCCUGACGGCGUUCCAGGCGUUCUUCGUGCACGCGGGCCUCGACCCGGACGACGGGAUCUCCAACCGACCGGCUGAGAGGCCCCUGCGGGUGCUGGUGACCAACGCCUUGGACGAAGUUGGCAUGCAUGCCCUCCAGCUCCUGCAGUCUCAGCAACUGUUCCCGGAGUAUAACACGCACAUGAUGGGCGGUGGGAAACGGGACGUCACCGUCUGGGUCUGCGCGAUGGGCCAGCGCGACGACUUGAAUUUCAUCCGCAAGGAGCUGGGGGCCAACGCGGUGACGGCGGCGACGGACAUCCCGGCAGCAUUCCGCGAGAAUGGAUGGGACCCCGUGGACAUCGUGAUCGAGUGCAGGGGCGGCGCGACGCUCCGACAGGUGCACUCGCCCGUCGUCGUGAAUGAUCACGGACACGUCCUAUCCAUCUGCCGUCCGCCCUCGGGGCAUCCCGAGAGACCGGCCGAACAGGACGAGCGGACAGAGAUCCAGAGCCGGCAGUUGACGAGCGAGCUGGUCAUCGCGAGACCGAACGGGAACCAUCUCGCCAAGAUCGCGCAGUUGAUCGAAAAGGGGGACGUGAAGCCCGUGACGCGUUUUGAGGUCGUGGACCUGCUGCAGGGGAGGGAUGCGAUGAUCCGAGCAGAGAACGAGGGCGGAGGGAAAGGGAAGGUUGUGUUAAGGGUAGAUCCUGCGAUUUCUUAA